AGAGUAAUAACACGGCCGAUGUAAAGCGCGCAUUAGAUCCCAGCUCCCUCGCCCCCUCCCCGCAGCAGACGCAGCAUCACGGACCGGAGUCUCCUCCUGUUCCUGUUCCUGUAUAGUCACCGCUCCCUACGGCCGCUGCUCUCAUUGUUCUGCAGCCGAGACCUGUAUUCUCUGAUCCCAGCGAGGUUUCCCCGUACCAGCAUCUGACCGCGAGUUCUACAGAAACAGCAAAGAUGACAGAAGCCGUCCUAAUUGAUAUGUUUAGUGUGGAAUUUAGUUCCCAUUAUUACUGCAUUAACCAGAUUUUGAGUAAAGCAAUGGAUAUUGUUGGGAAAAAUAACGAUCCCGCUAUCUACAUAAUGUACUGCCAAACAUUCGGAUGUGAUAGUAAUGAUGCCCGGGAAAUUUUCUUGCGUGCGAUCAGAUCUUUUCAAGCCUUGAAGAAGCGCAUUGAGUUCAUCGGAACUGCUAGUGUUGCUGCUACUUUGUAUAAUAUUAAGCAAAAGCUGGAUGAAAAAAAUAUAAACAAAGUGAAAAUUAUCCUGCCUCAGCGACGGACUUGUCUGAUGAAGGCAUUCUUAGAACGUCUCUUCACCCAAGUGUACACAUUUGAGUUUGAGUUGUUGGAAUUAAAUUUAGUAGGAAAUGAGAUUGAAAAGACUGUACAGCCUCCAAGCCUGGAACAAACUCUGACAGAAAGCCAGCUUGAACUAGUUGAGAGUGAUAUUCAUAUAUUCCUGGGAAGUCUACUUGGCAGAGGAGAACUCACCAUUCUUAAAUCAUCUUUAAUUCCAGAAAACGUGUUUAAACAUGGGUUUACUACACGCUGUGGUGGUGUAUCAUACAUUCCAGAGCUCUCUUCCUUGAACCUCUUUUCUAGCAGCAAUAGAAAAGAUCCCCCUGCAGUGGUUGCUGAGAACCUGCGUCGUCUAUCUGAGGCUGUGGGAUUUAAUGCCAAGAACUUUUACCUUGUAAAGGCUGCUCAUGCCAAUGAUGUUUGGAUCAUGGGAAAGAAAGAACCUGACAGCUAUGAUGGAAUAGUAACCAAUCAGAAAGGUGUCACAAUAGCAGCUCCCGGUGCAGACUGUAUACCUUUGCUUUUUUCCGAUCCAGUAAAAAAAGCGUUUGGGGCUGCUCAUUCAGGCUGGAAAGGGACGCUGCUAGGAGCUGCAAUGUCCACCGUAAAUGCUAUGACAUCAGAGUAUGGGAGUGAGAUGAAGGACAUUCUGGUUGUUCUGGGCCCGUCAGUGGGACCGUGCUGCUUUACCCUAACACAAGAGGAAGCCCGAGCCUUCCAUGACAUCGACCCACGGUGUGUCCGGCAGCUUGAGUCUCCAAACCCAUACGUGGAUAUCAGAAGAGCAACACGGAUCCUCUUGGAACGUGGCGGGAUCCUGCCCACAAACAUUCAGGAUGAAUUAGUGCUGUGCACCUCCUGUAAUCCGGACCUGUUUUUCUCAAAUACACGCGACGGCGAGAGCUUUGGGACUCAGAUUGGAUUCAUUUGUGCCAAAAAUUAAUGGUUUUUAUUUUUCUGCCUUAUUUGUGAAUGCUUGUAUUUCAUACUCGUGCAUUUUUAUUUAUUUUUUUCACUUUUGAAUUACAGCUGAUUUGUCCUGAGUAAAUAACAGAGAACUGUACUUGAGUUAUAAAUAAGGUUUAAGUUCCGGAAUGGUGACCUACUUCUCUGUAUAUAUUAUUAGAAUGAAAAAGCGGUUCUGUAUUACCUCAUUAAAAGUAUGCAUCAUGAUUCUCUCCUGUCUGAGGACAUUAUAAAAAUUGGUGGAAAGGAAUACGUGGUGGUGUCCCCAUCAACCAAAUGCUGUCUGUUUCCUAGACCACAUUAUAAAAUCCUAUGAGCCUGUUUUCCUAAAUGUACCCCAUUAUGUUUGUGCUGUGAAUACUCACUGGUAUACAUGACUUGGGAGUGUAAUAUGUUGGCUAGAUCAGUCUGGCAGGGGUAAAAAUCCUUAAACUUUAAUCCAAACAGACAUUACAAGGAUACAAAAACAAAGGGGCAAAUAUAAUAGUGUCCGAGUUUACCGGAGGUGCUGGAUGCCUGCUGAUCUCAGAGGAUUUUUAAAGCUGCGAUCAUUUACACGCCAAAACAAUGCCUUGUAAAUGAUUGCUGCAUUAAAUAAACCUCAGAGAUCGCCCAGCAUCCCGCACGUCCGGCGAACUCAGACCCUAUUGUAUAUGCCCCAAAAUAUCUGUUUAGAGUCAGGUCUGGCUCUUCCUGGAAGGUCAUUAAUGAAAUAUGGGAACCAGCCUCCAUUCAUAGUGAGUAUUGGCAGCACUAAUAGUGAGUAUUGGCAGCACUAAUAGUGAGUAUUGGUAGCACUAAUGCAUUCACUGGAAUGCAGAACCUGCAGUGGAGCAGUGUGAAAGUGGAUGCAGUACUGCUGCAUGAAGUACAAAGCUGAAAUGCACAUUGGGCAGUAGACCUGGAUUUGUGACUGUAUUUUGAUAGUUUAUUGUACACAGAAAUAGAAACAGCAACUUUUAGGUCAGUGCUGUUCAAGUCCAGGCCAUAAAGGGUGGUGGCACAUUUAAUGGAUAUCACUAAUCUUCAGAAAACACAUGAGAACCUACAGUGUCUGCCACUUUUGUGUACUGUAUCCUAGGGAGUCAUAGUCAUGAGGAAAACCUGUCUUGUAUCAGUCAUUCUUAAUUAAGCCAAAGGCAGAGCAUUACUUUUACUCGGCAGUAUGAGCUGUACAUAUGUACACAUUGGUGUGCUGUUUAUGUUUAACUGUAGUACCCAGAAUAAUAUCCGGCUUCGUUCAGCCAACCUCUUCCAAGAAUUCUCUGCAGAAAUCUAGAAAACCUUUUUUAAAGUACCAUCUACUCUAUAGCUGUUCUUUUGAUGUGAUAUUUUUUAUGCACACCUGUAUGAUACACUAGGAGGAAUUGGUGUGCUGGCAUCUAGGUCUUUUAUCUAUUUAGGAGUGUGGGAUUUAUAACACUGUGGUCAGGUGAGUGACACAUGGCAUAAGAUCUCACUGUUAACUGUACAAUUAGGGAGGAGAAUGUAUCAAGCUGUGGAGAGAGAGAGAAAGUACUAACCAAGCAGCUUCUAACUUAUUUAACAGACUGUGCUUGAAUACAUGACAGAAGCUAAAUAGUUAAUACUUUAUUUCUCCACUUUCUCUCCAAGAAUACAUCGCCCCUAAAAAGAGAAACUGAUCCAGUCCUUACUUAGCCACUAAAAAUCCAGAAUGAGAGACAGCUGGGGGCUGUUUCUACUGUACGCAAGGUUCACUGUCUUCAGAAGAAACCAAUAUUUUAUUUUUAUAUGCUACCAGUUAUUUUAAGAACAUUCUAUAAUAAAGCAUAAAGAGAUCAUUGUAACUGAACAAAGCAUGUAACCGUCUGAGCCAAUUAUCAAAUCUAUAGUUACAAGCUUGUUAUCUUAUACCCCUUUUCCACUUGUAGCACGGGUCGCAGCCGGGAGCCUGACACCGCUGCGACCCGUGCUACAGCCCCCUUCUACACUCAGCUCACCAACCCGGCAUAUUGCCGGGUCGGUGACGCUGCUGACGCGGCAGUGGUGGCGCUGGGAGAUCACAUGAUCUCCCAGCGCCGCCCUUCCAUACACUGUGAACGGGAGCCGUUUCACAUCGACACGGCUUCCGUUUACACUACAUCAGGCCCGGCCAACCUGUGGCUCUCCAGAUGUUGUGAAACUACACAUCCCAGCAUGCCCUGCCACAGUUUUAGCAUUCCAUAAUAGCAAAACUGUGGCAAAGCAUGAUGGGACUUGUAGUUUUACAACAGCUGGAGAGCCACAGGUUGGCCAGGCCUGCACUACACAGCUUACCGGGUUGAACACGUGUUAAACUCAGCAAGCUACCCGGGUAGGAUUCCCAGAUCACUUGAUCCGGGAAUUUGCAGGGGGGGCCGUUUUCAGUAGGAAAAAACACGGGUAAAUGCGCGCCCCCGCGCAUUUACCCGUGUUUUUAGAGCUAGUGGAAAAGGGGUAUGAGAGAGUAAAUGUAUCUGGCUUAUAUGGCAGGGCUAAUCACAGGAGGCAAAGUUUGUCUUUGCAUAGAUGCCACAAUGGCGCAACAUCUAUGGUCACAAGACGUGGCCAUGAUCCUAUCCUAUAAUUCCAGGGCCCCAAAUGUAUCACGGCACCUAAAAUAAGAGAUAUUGAGCUUGUUCAUUUACUUCUGAGAGCUCUGGGUCAGAGAUUCCCAGUUAUGCUUAUGACAAGGUGAUUAUUAUACACUUGCCCUUUUAAGCACUUUCAAAGGCAUGGCGUGGGUAGAGUCUAUUGUAUCUAUACAGAAUACUAAUGGAUUAGACAAGUGCAAAAGGUGGUUUCUCAUAAUACCUACAUUGCAUUAUAAACGCCUGAAAUGUUACAGUUCCUCAAUUUACUUGUUAUACAUGAACUAGUUACCAGGCUCUCAAAAUGGAAGAGCAAUAUAACAAUGUCAGCCCGACGGUUGUGCACGCCUGGAUGGAGCAACACUUGAAUUGCUCUUUGGGCAUCAUCUAGUGGCUGCUGGUGCACAAAACACCUGAAUUCCCCCAUAGAGGUGAGGAGCAUCAUUAGCCUUUUAUUAUAGGAUAUAAACCAAAAGAAGUGCAAGAUCUCAGUUACCUAGCUAGAGCAGUAUAUAUUGUACACAAUUUCUGGUGAGUGAGUUUCAACAAACUAACUCAUAAGCGGUCUGUUAGUUUAUUGUGCUUGACAUUAACUAUACACUUUAAGCUAGCUUAUCAACUAAAAAUAAAGACACGGACACAACUGUGUUGGAUUAAAUGGUCAUUGAAUUUUUUAAUUGGGAUGACUUUAUUCGUAGUGGGUGGCCAGGAAGACGCUACAACUAAUCCGCUCUAGUCACAGAUCUUACAAAAUGGCGGCGACUAAACGCCCCAACUGAAAUGGCGACGACUGAAACGCUAUAUAUAUAUAUAUAUAUAUAUAUAUAUAUAUAUAUAUAUAUAUAUCCGCAUAACCUGUGUUGUGAAGGUCUCACCACCCCUUACUAUAGCACAGUGAGAACGCUCCCCAAGGAAGCGUCCAUCGCCCCCCUUCAAGGACAGGAUACUCUCCUUCAAAAGGGGGUAAGUGAUCUGCAACACCACGUAUGCUAUGCGUGACCUCUGGCCAGUAGCGCCUUCCCGCCCACUAAUUCAGAAACAAGCGAUAUUAGUAAGCUAAAUUGAAGAGAGACAAAUUAAAAUAGCCAAUAGGGCAGGUGGGUGGGCUUCCAAACCGACAAGAGGAAGGAUCCUGGUAAGCUUUUCCUUACAUACACUAACAACAUCGCCCCUAUACUCACUGAUAGGCUGACCCUAACCAAUUAAAACUCACUACAAACCUUGAUCUGCCUAGCAACAGAUGACCUAUUCCACCAAAUUCACAAAAAUUCAAGCCCCUUAUAUAGAUUUCGUGCCUAGGCAGCCCUCUCCUUAUCUUAUGUUUGACUGUCCUGAAGUAAAAUAGACUGUAAAUUUUUACUUAUUUGCUAGAAUUAAGAUGAUGAUGAAAUCUGGCUUCAAAUUUUUGAGAUUUUCGGGGGGGGGGGGGGGGAAUAAAUCCUGCCAGCAGAUAUCCACAUUUGCAUUUUUUUGUCUGUAAACGUUACAUUUUGCAUGUAUUGUAUAUAAUAAAUGUUCAAUAGUCUUCAGGAGAAUAAUAAAGAAUAAACAAAAUUUUGAUUAUUCUUAUGAA